UUGCUCAUGGAGAGCAGUGUGCUGUAUUAUGCCGUUCUAUAUUCCUGAUUAAAAAAAAAAAAAAUCUAUUGAAAGGUAGCGUAGGAAGCAGCCGUGCUAGCUGAUAAUUACUAAAGCUGAGAAUGCCUUCAAGCUCCCAUUUUGACGAGCUGCUGACUGCUGUUCCUAUUAGCUGAUCUCAGAAGAUGGAAUGCAGGCUGAUAAUGCUGCAUAUCCUUUAUCAGGCGGUGGAGUAGGUUUUUGUCUUGUAAAGGCAAGGUUCCCCUGCAUCGUUAUCUGAGCGGCUCAAUACUAGCUGUGUUCCCAGAGAAAGCUCAGUGACCCAAAAGAAGGGUGUAGCCUUUUAGAGAGCUGGGCUUUUUUAAACAAGCCGACAGCAGCAGUGUAGAAGCAAGGUGUACUGCUCGCCGGCUGUGUGCCGCAUCCUCCCCUCUCAGGGUAACAAGAUCCCAACCAGCUGAAUCAGUGUUACCUUGGGACUAAGGCAUCCAAUACCACUACUGAGCAGCUCAUACUGGAGCCGCUUGGAUUUGCCCAAGAGCGAAACUCCCAGAGAGGCGAGAAACCUGUACCGCGGCUUCAUCCACACACACAAGCCCCGGAGCCCGGGCUCCCCCCUACCUGCGCGCUUGCACUCGCCCAAAGCGCUCAAAGCACCUGCUCCUCGGCAAACUGAAGACCUGUAAAGUAGAAGCUUCAAGAUGAACACAGAUAGCGGUGGAUGUGCUCGCAAGCGUGCUGCAAUGUCUGUUACACUAACAGCUGUGAAGAGAGUACAGAGUUCUCCAAAUCUUUUGGCUUCAGGUCAAGAUUCACAUCCUUUGGAUUCAGAUGUCUGGAGGUCAUAUAAUGAUUCCCUCAAAGAUGGUCUCAAUGAUGACUCGGGUGGUUCUUCCCUUACAGCCAAAGGUUUUAGAAGUGUCCGGCCAAACUUGCAAGAAAAGAAAUCGCCAACCCAGAAAUCUGUAAAAGUGGCAGUACCUCUGCCUCCUCCAAGGAAGGGAAGCUAUUACAGAUCAACUACUUACCCACAGGGUGAUGAUAAUGAGAAUUCAGCACCCACAAUGCUAACCCAAUCAGGUGUUCAGUCGCUAACCAAUAGGGAAAGCUUUCUGUACUCUGCAAAGCAAAGCAAAAACAUGAUGCAGACUCAUACCACUACUAAUCCUCACAUUUCUUUCUCCAAAUUAAAUAUGAAAGCUGAGGAUACAAAUAGUAUGCUCAUUCACCAUGACAGCAGUCAGGAUUCAAAACAUCGGAGAGUUUCCACUCUUAAAUUAAUCCUGAAAGAAAGCCCUACAAAUAAAACUCAAUCUAACAUGCACUUUAUUAAAGACAGUGCUCCACUAGUGCCAGCACCACCUCCCACCAUAAUACCAGAGGCCCGUAGGCAAUCACCCGAAAAGCACACAGCUUCCCUGUCAGUGUCAAUAGCUUCCAACCUUGCUACAAAGGCAGAAGAUAAACCAGAAAGUCACCGAUGUUCUACAGUACAUUCUACUGAUACAUUCAAAGUGCCUGCUGCUUGCUAUUCUGGACACGCGGCUUCAUUUCCUUCAGCGACAUGGUCUGCAGAGUCCCAAGUGACUCCGGUAACAGUUAAUGGAAGUUCAGGCAGUCCAGCUAGUCCAAUGAGCCAUUAUCAGAGGACCUUUUCUCCAUCUCCAACAUACCCUUCCUCCCGGUCUCUCAACUCCAGCAUGGUAAUGCAGCAUGGUGCCAUGAUGGAAUCCACUGAAUCCUAUUCCCAGCAGUUCCCGUCAGAUGUCAGCAGAAGCAGCAGUACAAUACCAAUAUGCAGGAUUUCAGAGGAAGAGAAGAAAGUCACAGUAAUUAAGGCACCACACUAUCCAGGAAUUGGCCCUGUUGAUGAGUCUGGAAUCCCAACAGCAAUUAGAACGACGGUUGACCGACCAAAGGAUUGGUACAAGACCAUGUUCAAACAAAUUCACAUGGUUCAUAAACCAGACAAUGACAUGGAUUAUCCUAGCGCAGCCUAUGCAUAUAAUUCUGAUAAUUACAGUGCAACUCUUCCCACCUUUUCACAUCCUGCUGCGAAGACACACACAUACAGGCCUCUCACUAAAAGUGUCUCAGACAAUGGCACUGAUGUAUUCCGAGAGUCAUCCCCUCUUCCUCCUCCUCCUGUACCUGUGCCUCCUCCAGCUGUGCCUCUUCGACCACGGGAGCAAUCCUCCCUUGAUAAGAAUGAAUGGGAACCACCUGACAGAAAAGUAGAUACCCGCAGGUUUCGCUCUGAACCAAGAAGUAUUUUUGAAUAUGAGCCUGGAAAAUCAUCUAUCCUUGAACAUGAGCGGCCGAAUGGGCGCAUAUAUCCAGAUGAGAUAGAUUUAGAAAAUGAGCCAUGGUAUAAAUUCUUUUCAGAGCUGGAAUUUGGACGUCCGCCUCCUAAAAAGAUAUUGGAUUGUUUUCAAGAGAGCCCCCCUCGUGUGCCUACUGAGACCUCGUUGUACCAGCCUUCAAUAGAGAAAGGAAUAGAGAGACCUUCCAGUUCAGCAAGCGACUACAGGAAAAGAAGGAAGUCUGAGCCCAGUGUCAGCCACCAGAGAUCACACAGCGACCAGAAUGCAAGCAGAAAUACCUUAAGCCGCAUAGAUAUUCAGAGCAAAAACACUACCCCAAGAAAACCAUACAUCAACUCUUCUCCUUCUUCCCCCUCAAGGGCAAAAGGUGGGGAUGUUAGCAGAAUGUAUCCACCCCUGUUUACAUAUUCAGUUCCAAAACAAAAUGGCUCCAAUGGGUUAGAUUACUGUGGCAGCUACAGUCAUCAUUUAGUGGUGCCACAUGAUACGGCGCGGUCUAUAAACUUUAAGAAUGGCUGGCAGAUGACCCGUCAAAAUGCUGAAGUAUGGAGUAGCACUGAGGAGACAGCAUCUCCAAAAAUAAAGUCAAGGAGCUGCGAUGAUUUGUUGGCAGAGGACCAUAGUAAUUUUUGUAAUACUCAGACCAAAUCAGAGAGCAUGGGCUCCCUACUGUGUGAUGAGAAAUCUCCACAGAAUAUCCCUUUGGCCUGGGGUAAUUCCUAUAAAUCAGAGGGCUGCGCUUCAAACCAAUCCAGGGUUCGUCACAGAUCUGCCCACGACACCCCUGGUUUCCUAAAACUGUACAAAAAAAUGCACCGUAUCAAUCGCAAAGAUCUAUUGAGUUCGGAAGUGAUCUGUUCAGUGAAAUCUCGGAUAUUACAGUAUGAACAGGAACAACAAAAGGGCUUAUAUGCGGGGUGGAGGGCCGAUUCAGAAGAGGUGCCGAGAGAUAUGGUCCCAACUAGGAUAUCAGAGUUCGAACAACUGAUUCAGAAAUCCAAAUCUAUGCCAAAUUUAGGGGAUGAAAUGUUUUCGGCAGUCAGCUUAGACAUUUCUACUAAUAGUUCUUGUCCGAAGCGACGGUUCUCUAUCGAAUCUCUGCUAGAUGAGGAAAGCCAAGAAAGACAUGUUUCUCAGGUACAGCACAAUGGCAAAACCAAAAGCCUUGUGCCGGUACAUAUUGAGGUAACAAGUGAUCAGAUCCCAAGGUCAAAUAUGGACUUCUCUGACAGUGACCAAGAUGCUGUUGUUUCAGACCUGAGUGACUUUAUCCAGAUUGAGGGCUCCUCCUUUUGCAGCGAAAGUGAUUUUGACCACUAUUCGUUCACGUCUUCUGAAAGCUUUUACGGGUCAGGACAUCAUCAUCACCACCACCAUCAUCACCACCACCAUCAUCGGCACCUCAUUAGUUCUUGCAAAGGAAGAUGCCCGGCAUCGUACACCCGCUUCACCACCAUGCUAAAACAUGAAAGGGCUAAACAGGAGAAGAUUGAGUCUCCGGGGAAACAUGAAUUAGAUUCAGGUCUUUCCAAAAUUGCAUUCCUAGUCAGCCCAGUGCCUUUUCGUAGGAAAAAGAGCGCAACUCCAAAAAAGCAAGCAGAGAAACCAAGAAGUAAAGCUUCUGUGUUUGAAGCAUUGGAUUCUGCCCUCCAGGAUAUCUGUGACCAAAUAAAAGCAGAGAAGCGGCGAGGUAGCUUGCCUGAUAACAGCAUCCUACACAGACUCAUUAGUGAGCUCCUUCCUGAUGUCCCUGAAAGGAACUCAUCCCUAAAAGCUUUUCCUCUUUCCACCCCACUGCCUCAAGAUGGUGCUAUUCAUUACCCAGUGUUCCAAAACGACUGUGAAUCGCCUCCUGACGGUGUCGCCUACCAGGACAUGGAUGCUACUAACAACAAUGCCCAAGAAAAUUCAUUCUGUUUUCAAGCUGAUCCAGAGUCUCCCCGCAGCUAUUCCUCUGCUUUCACUAAUGUUACCCGAAGUGUCGCAAGAAGGGGUGCCCAAGAGAGAGAGCCUGCUCGAGCUGUGUAUGACUUCAAAGCACAGACUCCAAAAGAACUGUCUUUCAGUAAAGGAGAUACAGUCUAUAUCCUCAGGAAAAUAGACAAGAACUGGUACGAAGGGGAGCACCAUGGGAGAAUAGGGAUAUUUCCAGUUUCAUAUGUUGAGAAAAUGACCCUGACAGAAAAAUUACAGCCAGCGCGCCCCCCUCCUCCAGCACAGGCCCGAGAGAUCGGAGAGGCAGUGGCUAAAUACAAUUUUACUGCUGACACAAACGUGGAGCUUUCACUCAAAAAGGGUGAUAGAGUUUUGCUUCUUAAGCAAGUUGACCAAAACUGGUAUGAAGGUAAAAUUGUGGGGACUAAAAGGCAGGGAAUCUUCCCUGUGGCCUAUGUGGAGAUCUUAAAAAAGGGUCCGUCCAAAAGUGCUGGGGAUUCCUCCCAUUGUCCAGGACCUCAGAGCACUUCAAUAGACAGGAUGCACAAUUCAAGUCCUGCCACGUCGGCUGCAACUAAGAGGCUACGUACUCCACCCCUUACUCUAAGGCCUGACUCAGCUUCCUGUACAGACACUAGUAAGGGGAAAUUAGAUGCUGUCACCAGCGAAUGGUUAAAUUUGACUGUUGGCUUUUCACCAUCAACUACACCUGCCCCAACCCUACCGCCUUUUCCUGACCAAUUUCUUUCCAGUGCAGAGAAGCCUAGCUCUUUGCCAUUAACUGUAAUCCAGCCCGAACCAUUUAGUUCAAGUAAUUUCACUCCCCGAAUUGAAGAAGGACAUUUUGUUCCAAUAACGUCCCCCAAAACCAUUUCGAGUUGCCACCUUCCCGUACCUCCACUCUUUCCUGAUACAGUAAUUUCCAGUCCCAUAAUUCAACAGAUUGAAACCUCUGUAAUGCCUUUAACUAAUAGUGAUAAAUGCAUUCAAGAAGAGACUUUUUUGGCACAGUCAGAUAUACAAGGACUUUGCUGUGGCAAACACGCCACUGCAAUCUCUUCUGAUCUUUCUAAUGUAUCCGAGCCAGUAGCUGCUGACCCAAUCCACACAGAGUCUGCUACAAACGCUCUGUCGCCCAAAAACCUGCAAUUGGUGGAUGACCAGGAAGAGGAAAUCUGUGAGGAGCUGCUGUCAAUCAUCGAAGGGGGUCAGAUGAAAAGUCAAGAUUCAGGGUUUUAUAGGUGCGAACCUCAUGCAGAGCAACUUCCAGCACUCUACAUAGAGGAAGAUGGGACCAGCGAAAACCUAAAAGCUCCAGUAAAAAGCAUAACGCAUCCUAUUGCAGGUCAUGAGGAAUGUCCAUCCAGUUCUAAUACAGAGCUUUCUUCCAGCCAUCCAUUUCAUGCUGUCAGCACCCCUCCAUCUGAAUCUGUAUGUUCACAUCCUACUGUGUCUCCGUUCUCCUCUUCUUUAACCAAAUUCACAUCCAGACAGGAGUCACAAUCCCCAAGGUCCAAGGCAAUUUUUAAAAGUGACCUAGUAGUUGUUGGUAAGCCUCCGCGUAGUCCGGUGAUGUCUAGAAAAACCUGCAAUUCACCUGUGAAAAGUCCCAGCAUCACACACAGGCGCCCAGUGUUUACUCAUGAAAAUAUACAAACCCUGGGUGAACCAUAUCAGUCCUUGUACAACUACAUGCCACGCAAUGAAGAUGAGUUGGAGUUGAGAGAAGGAGAUGUGAUUGAUGUCAUGGAAAAAUGUGAUGAUGGAUGGUUUGUAGGGACAUCAAGGAGGACUAAAUUCUUUGGAACUUUCCCCGGAAACUACGUGAAGAGGCUGUGAAUAAAUGUUGUUCUCCUGCUGCCUGACACUGCACAUUUAUGUGAGAAUGCUAACCAUUCAAGUGUAAUCCCCGCUGCUGCUGCCUGCCAACAUCAACAAGCAGUAUUAGAGUUCAAUGGACACAUUUCUUGCUAUAGCUCAGUCUAGCCCGCCUCCAUUCAUUAUUUUCUCUCCUUGCUUUCCACAAUUCCUUUUAUUGCCUUUUUAUGUUACUCUGAGGAACAGGUGCUACACUCUCACGUUAGCAAUGCUUCACAGGACAAUCCGGCAUCUUGGAUAGAGUUUUUGGUUCCAGUUAUUGAUAAUGACAAAGCCAGGCAUGCUAUUUGUUGUUAUCUGUAGGAACAGAGACAUGUAGUUUUAGUCUAAUGGUUAGUUAAAAUAUAAGGCUGCACAGACUGGUUAGAUGUGGUGAUGCCUCUGCCCUCAUAUCUCCACCAGCGCUGUUAUAUGAGACCAAUCUGAUAAUGCCAGAAGCUGUUUUAAUUACAAGCAUUGAAACCUUGCCAAUGAUUCUUUAGGUACUUAUUUAAUGUGUAUAAAUAAUCAAUGUCAAUAAUCAAUUAAUCAUUGAUUUCCCAAAAUGAACCCUUUUUAAUUUUUCAACUGCUAAAAUAACCUGUAUGUAAACAUUAUCCCUAGCAUUGGUUAUUGACCCUUUCCUUGGUAAAAUUAUCAAAAACUACAGUGGCCUGCAUACUGCGCCUACCUUUAUUGCCUGGCAUAGUUUUGUUAGCAACAGGCAUAUAAAUGCCAGGCAGUAAAGCCUGUACUUUCUGAUGUAUCUGACUAGAAGAGGCUGACACUUGUUUCUCUUCUAUAAACCUGGAUACAGGUGAUGCAGAGGGUUCAGCAUUUGUUUGUCCAUAUCAGAUUAUAAAUGAUAUGAAUGUCGACUGAAUUUGGUUAGACAAGGGAAUGGGAUGACCUAUCAGUUUUACUACUGACCUAAAGCAUAGGAUUAGCUAACCAUAAGGCAUAUGUUUAGUAUAAUUAUACAGGCUGGGGUGUGUUCACUGCACUUAUUUUAUACAUUUAUAUUAAUGUUUGCCUGGGUUACACAUCAUUAUAUAGGGUACUAGCACUGCAAACCAACAAGGCACAAGUAUUAACCCUGACUGAUAUUUUCCUACAUUGUUCUCAUUAGGUGUAUUUAACUGCAGGACAAUUGUGUGAAGGUAAGCACAAACCUGGUAUUGAUAACAUCAUGGAGGAAGCUGGUUCCUUGCUGUUAUUGGUGCAAAACCGGUAUAGGGGACAAAUGCAGCAGUUCACUGAGCUACAUGUUCUGAUAUAGUGCAGUAUAAAUAAGUUAUUUAGUGUCAUCUUUAUUGCCUUGUGUUCAUUUCUGUAUUCACUCUGCAUUUAUUCAUCACUGCAAGAUCUAGAAAAUUGAUGGGCAACCUGAUGAACUGCAUCCCCCAGUUCCCCCUCUACCCAGACAAGCUUUGGCUACAAGUGGGGAAACUAGGAGACAGUACAGCAACCACAGGGCGACAUGUUACUCGUGCUCAAUAUAUAGCUCCUCUGUGAGAGACCUAUCUUGGGAGAAAAUAGUAUAUAGUAAUGGUAAAACUGUAUGCAGCAACCACAGCCAGAUAUUCUCAGGGGAUGCUGGGAGAUGCAUUUCAGAUAGAUGGGGGAAUUCAUUUUUACCAGCUUUCAUUCAGCAGCUUUUAAUGGCUGAAAUUAAAUACAGAUGAAUUUAGACCUUUUUCACCUUUAUGAUCUUGUAGUCGGUUAUAUUUGUUUAAAAAAAGGAAUUGCUCAACAAAGGUUCAAUGCCUUGGCUGCAUAAAUGCACCCCAGUUGCUUUGGUACAUGUUUCAAUACGUGUCUCAGCUACGCAGAACACCUUUUUAUUGGACUACUCAUAGCAAAAUCAGUUACAUUGCAACUGUUCUCGGUUUAUUAUAGUAAAGUGUGAGUGCACUAGAGUCAAGCCAUUAAGUGGCUCCAAUUUAGUAUCAAAAAAUCAGUAGGGACCGCACAUUCAAAAAGGGAACAAAAGGAACAAUUUAUUGCAUCAAAAGCAAAAUACAUAAAAGUAAGGUCAUUUUAUUAUGUAUUUUGCUUUUUGAUUCAAUAAAUGUUUCCUUUUGUUCACUGGAGCAUGCAAUUUCUAUAAGACUGGACCAAUCAAUUACACUGAGCUUUUUAAAGCCAUUUCCCAGUUGAGUUUCCCUGUUAUUGUCAUGUUGUGUUCUAGGGAGAAAUUCAUAAUAAACGUCAGUAUUCUAGAGGAGGGUAGCAGAUUUAGGGCCAGAAUGCCUUCAUAUUUGGAGUUUUCCAUUUUCCCUUUUACCCUUACCAGAGCCCCAAUUUCUAAUGAAGAAAGUCUGCAUGAUGUUGCCUAUCACCAUCAGUAGCAUUAGGUACUGUGUUCCAUACACAAUAAGCUGCGCUGGCUUUUAAUCAAACUUUUCUUUUAUUAUUAAAUCUGAAAAGAGCAAAUAUUGAAAAUGGAUUUCAGAGAGUGAAUCUUCUUGCAAAAUUUAAAAUGGUUUAGAUGUUCUUUAUGUUCUUCUGUCUUGUCAGCCUGCCACACAGCUCAUACGUUACAGCAUAACGUGCAUACGUUAACUACUAUUGUUGAUUACAAGAUCUUGUUAAAGGUGAAAAAGUGUCUCAAGUGGUUUAUUGUCAUUUCACCAACAUUAGCAUGUCAAUAAAGGAACAUGGACUUUUCAUAUCCACUGUACUUCAUGUUUGUGUUUUCUGUAACAUACACACAUACUCAUUUGUUGAGCUUUACUGCACAGACACCAACUACUGCUUUGUGCUUUAACAGAAGAAACAUAGAACACAGUGUUCUAAGCUGGACUGUAAUUGGUCCAAUUACGUGUGAGUCUCAUGUCACUGAGGUGUAUGCACACUAGGUUGUAUUACUGUAUUUAAAGUAUACAAUUACUACUUAACUGAGUAAAGGCUGUGACUUCUAAUUCCAGAGUAGGAAAGAGGAAUCAGUAGUACAGUAAUGUUCCUGAGGCUCACAAUGAUCAUGACUAGUCUUGUUUUUUCACCAGUUUUAGUGAUGUUUGUGGUUAAUACACCCACCAGCUCUAAAUAUUCACAUAUAUAAUUCUGCCUGGUUUUAUUUAUUUAUUUUUUAAUGCCAGUUAAGUAUAAAAUCAUCUGAGCAUGCUGUGGGUAUAAUGUCAAACAGAAAAAGUAUUCAUAACUUAAGUUAAAUAAUUAGUUACAACAAGCAGGCACCUGGCAGAGCUGGAGUUACAUAAAAUGCUUGUCAAGCAGUAAAUGAAUAUUAUGGGCCUCAGCUUGAGACAAAUAACUACAUAAAUGAAUAUGCAAUGUGAAGUAGCCAUUGAAGCUCCCUACUGUAUGAGCCUUUAGACAAAUGGAAGCUGCAAGGUGGACUCUACUCUCUACUACAGUAUAUGAAAUGUGAACAAUAGUUGUCAGUUAUAACAGCAUGUGAUAAUAUAUCAUUUUUACUGGGUAUAUUUGUAGAUAAAAGUGUUCCUUCUGGGACUGAGGGCUCAGGGCAAAUGUCUAUGUUCUGACCUAAAACUAGCAAUGGCAGUGGGUUGGACAUUCCUGCAUUAGUGCUAUGCACCAUUCCUCAAGAGCUACUAAUAUUCUGUUAUGUGGACAUGACUGCUAUAGUAUUUGUAAAUACAGGUUAAUGAUGUUCGUUGCUUGAGUACUGCAAAUCUGUCCAAGUUAUAUGAACUUCUUUAGUUGGUAAUGGAUUUGUCUGUCCAAGACUGAGUACUGGCUAGUCUCUCCAAGGCAGAGAAGUACUUCAGUUGAGUACUGGCUAGUCUAUCCAAGGCAGAGAAGUACUUCAGUUGAGUACUGGCUAGUCUAUCCAAGGCAGAGAAGUACUUCAGUUGAGUACUGGCUGGUCUAUUCAAGGCGGAGUACUUCAGUUGAGUACUGGCUAGUCUAUCCAAGGCAGAGAAGUUCUUCCAUUGAGUACUGGCUAGUCUAUCCAAGGCAGAGAAGUCCUUCCGUUUAGUACUGGCUAGUCUAUCCAAGGCAGAGAAGUUCUUCUGUUGAGUACUGGCUAGUCUAUCCAAAGCAAAGAUGUUCUUCAGUUGAGUAUUGGUGGGUUUUUCCAUGGCAGAGUAGUCCUCACUGAGAGUUGGUGCAUCUAGGCAGGGCAGAGAAAUUCUUUAAGUAUUGGUGAGACUCUCCAAGGCAGAGAAGUUCUUCAGUUGAGUACUGGUGAGACUGUCCAAGGCAGAGAAGUUCUUUAUUUGAGUAUUGGUGAGACUGUCCAAGGCAAAGAGGUUCUUUAGUUGAGUAUUGAUGAGACUGUUUCAAGGCAGAGAGGUUCUUCAGUUGAGUACUGGUGAGACUGUCCAAGUUAAGUUCUUUGCCAGAUUUCUGGAGAGUCUGUCAGCUCAAGCUUUAUGAACAAGUCUAUUUAAGAAGAAGAAGUUCUCUCUUUGCACCACUUAUUCAUAGCCAUGAAUUCCCUUAAAUCAAGACCAGUUUGUGGUUCUUCACUGGGGUCAAAUGCUCUGAACUAUUCAGCAUCCAACAAAACCAAUAUACAUAACUUAGUUUUUUUAGCACCUUAAAAAUAGUGUUUACUGAUUUACUGCUUUCAUUAGCUUCACACAACUGUUCACUUUUUAUGUAGUAUUUUGUACAUACAAUAUGUUUGCUUAAUUUUCUUUGUACAGCGCCUCCGACCUAUUACGCUGCUUCUAGCAAGUCUUUCUAACCGCGAGCAUCGCCAGCCAGUGCAAGGCUGACAGCUUUUCUCUGCUCUUGACCACGCUAAAUAUUCCAGACCUGUAAAAUAACCUUUUAUGAAAGAUUUUGUGAAACACUGAACUUGGUUUUACCAGUGGUAUCUAAAUGUAUAUAUUUAUUUGUUACAGAGAAAUGCUAUUAAAAUACACAUCUCUUUUGCAGUAUACAGUAUUUCAUGUUGAAGAAAUAAAGAAGCUUUAUAUUUGGAAGGCUUUGAAUUUUAAACUUGUUCUACUGCAUGCAGCUUUGCUUUGAGUUACACCUAUCUUUAAUGCCAUUACGAUGGAAGACUUCAGUGUCUAUUGCUUGUAUUAUUUAAAAAGAAACAGUUUCUACUUUGUAUCUGAUGAUAAAAUCCAUUUUUAAUACCUGGCGUGCAGGUAAUUAACAGCAAAUUCUUACAAGCAAGUGUAUUUGUGUUAUCUUCCUUUUUUCUGCUUUUUUUCUUGAAUAGAUAUCUAAUAAAUUUUGCCUGGAGUAAAACAA